AUUGGCUUUUCAUCGUAGUUGAAAUUCAUUUGACCAUUUUUCCAAGUCUCCUCCUCCUCCUCCUCCUCCUUUGAAGUCAUGCAAACGGCAAAUAGUUUAUCGAUGUUGUUUCUGACUCUUGCUGAAAGUCUCCACUGCUCUGUCGAUGACGUUUUGCUUGCCUCGAAACUUGACGAACAAGAUGAAUUGUCGUCAUUUCGGGAAGCGUUCCAUAUACCUUGUUUAGGAGAAGCAGAAUCCACGUCGACAAUGGAAAAGCAAAAAACGAAAAUAUAUUUGUGUAGUAACUCUCUUGGCCUUCAACCCAAACAUACGGAAAGUAAACUACUCAACCACCUAAAAACUUGGAAGAAUCAAGCUGUUGGAGGCCAUUUUUUCGGUACCGAGCCUUGGGCUUCUAUCGAAGACAUCCCCAUUCCUUAUUUGGCUAAAGUAGUUGGUGGUCUGCCUUCAGAAGUUACCUGUAUGAACUCGCUUACUGUGAAUCUUCACCUGUUUCUUUUAGCUUUUUAUCGUCCUACAGCAAAGAGACACAAGAUUCUCAUCGAAGCGUCAGCCUUCCCUUCAGACGAUUACGCAGUGCAGUCACAAAUACUGUUACACGGAUACUCUCCAGAAGAAAGCAUCAUUCGUGUAGCACCGAAGGAAGAUGGAUUUACUUUUUCAGAAAGUGAUGUUUUGGAUGAAAUCUAUAAUAACAACGAAACACUUUGUUUGGUUUUGUUGCCGGGAGUGCAUUAUCUUUCAGGUCAAGUGUUUCCGAUGGAAAAAAUUGCAAGAACUUGUCAAGAAUUAGAUAUCUUUGUUGGAUUCGAUCUUGCUCAUGCUGUUGGAAAUGUUCCUCUACACUUGCAUGAUUGGGGCGUUGACUUUGCUUGUUGGUGUUCUUACAAAUAUCUUUGUGGUGGUCCUGGUAGUAUUGGAGGUGCAUUUUUACAUCAUCGUCAUGCGAAUAAGGGUAUCCAAGAGCUUCCUCGUUUGGUUGGUUGGUGGGCCAAUCGUAGGGAAACACGUUUCCAGAUGAAAUCUAGUUUGGAUUGCACACCGGGAGUUUAUGGUUUUCAAGUAUCCAAUCCCUCAGUGUUUUCCAUUGUUCCAGUUAUUGCUUCUCUGGAAGUAUUCGACCGUACUUCAAUGUCGCAAAUCAGAGAAAAAUCUAUCCAGUUGACAGGUUAUUUGGCGUUUUUGAUAGAGAGGGAGAUGCCCGGUUAUAUAGAUAUCAUUACUCCACGCGAACCUACUCAACGUGCUUGCCAACUUUCGUUGCGUUUGAAGCAGCAUAACUUGAAGCAGGUUCAUGAAUCUUUGAGUUGUCGAGGAGUAGUAUGUGAUACACGUGAACCAGAUGUUCUGCGUGUAGCUCCUUUUCCAUUGUACAAUACAUACAGAGAAAUUUUGGAGUUUGUUCAAAUUUUGUCUUCUAUUUUGUGGUCGACUCAACCUCCCUCAUGAUAGAUGAGCUUACAGAUGGCUCACUUGUUUUACCCAAAAGUGAAUUUUUAUGUUAUUUUGAUAUAUUAUGAAGAGUAAUAAAUGUUGUUGAAGUUGAAUGCCCAGAAUAGAUAAACAACUUGUGAAGGAA